AUGUGCAUAGAGUUGUUCAGCAAAAGCCGAACAGAUCCUGCUAAUGAUGCGAUAGAAAUAAAGUGCGGAUAUGUAAUUGGAAUCGUUAGAAAACCAGGUGAUCAAAUUGUUCCAGACUUACGGGCGGAUGUGCCUUUGGUCCAUGUCAUCGGCAAAAUUGGCGUAAUUGGACAGUGCUUCGCUGAAUGGACAGACGGUGAAAGAAAAUUCGGCAGAUUUGGCAAAGCAGAUCAAAAGCUAAUAAUAGCGUUCGCGUCGAGUGGCCGAGUUCGCCCCAGAGCACCGGGCGAAGGCGAAGUCGAGUGCACAGCACGCACGCAUGAUCGUUGGCUGAAUGAGGAGCAACAGCAGGAGGAGGAGGAAGAGGAGGAUACUGAGAAACUUCCGCUUCCGGACGUCUGCUUUGUUCCUACGACGAGACGCCUCAUCGACGAACGAUUAGGACAACUGGCCCGACGACCACCAUCAGCACCAGCAUGGGGACAACGACCACAUCCACAUCGUCCAGAUAUUAUUGCCUUCGGGCAUCAGCCAUCUCCAUUCCGCCUCGACGGUCCAUUGAUCGCAUCUGCAAAGGUACUUUUUUACCGCUCGUUUCCGCAGAUUAAGUCAGUGAUAUCCGACCGCCAGGUGUGUUUAUUGCUCGACAGCCGCCAUCAGCUGGAUGCGUUGACUCAGCUCCAACAUGCCUUGUCUUUCCGCUCCUCUGAGGUUUCUUCUGAAGACAUUUUCAGCUCUGGCGUUAGCCGAAUUCGCAGCUUUCCAAAAAGCCGAAUUUGCUGGAAAGUUAUCUUGAAAAUUAUCUCUUUUUCUCCUUGGUCUUUACACUCGUGGCUGCAGGUCCCCCUCCCUCAUUCUUUCGAAUAUCACCGCAGUCAAAGCAAAACUCGCGUAACAUAA